AUGACAGCCUCCGUGCUCCUCCAUCCCCGCUGGAUCGAGCCCGUCAUGUUCCUCUACGACAACAGCCUGGAGGAGAUCAACAAGAACAUGGAAGCCGGUUUCCACGCGGCGGCGGCGGCGGCCGCAGGCACCAACUUCGCCGCGGCCAACCAGUGCCGGAACCUGAUGGCUCACCCAGCCUCGCUCGCCGCCCCGGGCAGCGCCGCCGCCUACACGUCGAGCGAGGCGCCCGCCGCCGCCGCCGCGGGCAUGGCUGAGCCCGGGGCAUCUGUCAAGCAGUGCAGUCCCUGCUCGGCCGCCGUGCAGAGCUCGUCUGGGCCGGCCGCGCUGCCCUACGGCUACUUCGGCAGCGGCUACUUCCCGUGCCGCAUGAGCCACCACAAUGCCGCGCUCAAGUCGUGCGCGCAGCCCGCCGCCUCCUUCGCCGACAAGUACAUGGACACGUCGGUAGGCGCCGCCGGAGAGGACUUCACCUCCCGGGCCAAGGAAUUCGCCUUCUACCAGGGCUACGCCGCCGGACCCUACCAGCCGGUGCCGGGCUACCUGGAUAUGCCCGUGGUGCCCACCAUCGGAGGCCCCGGGGAGCCCAGGCACGACUCGAUGCUGCCCAUGGAAGGCUACCAGCCCUGGGCUAUCACCAAUGGCUGGAAUGGGCAAGUCUACUGCCCCAAGGAACAGAACCAGCCGCCCCACCUCUGGAAAUCCACUCUCCCGGGUAAUGCACCUGCACGACCCUUCUUUUCUACUCCGGAGAAUGCUUACUUAGUGCCUCACUGUCUGCCUUGCCCCGGUAGAAUUAACAACGCCCGUUCUCCUCCUAAGCCUCCACCAUCAUCCCUCACUUAUUAGCAACAAUAUGGUCGUUUCCCUUAAGAGACAGAGACAGAAUUCGCCCCAGUUAGGCUGCAAACCUAAUCCACACUGAUCUGGGAGUGAGUCCCCUUCAGCUCAGGAGGGUUUCGGUCCGAGCAGACGCACCCAGGAUGGCUCUGCACCUAUCCGUACUUAUAGUGCAACUGCAGCCCUCUUGGUUAUUUCGCUCACAGCAGGGUCAGCCCCUCGCUCUGAGAAGACUAGCGAUUUACUUGGCUGUCCCACCAAUCAUCGUGGUAGAAGUGAGAGUUGUUUUUAAUGCCAGUCUCUUACCUUCUACAACGUGGUUACCUAUAUAUGAGCCAUUUGUUAUUAACUUUCAUAGGGAGAGAGUGCGUGUGUUUGAAUCUAUAGAAAACAGUAGGGUUUACUUGCGAGUAAUGCAUGAAAGAUCCGAUUGUUGCUUCGCUAUCAUCUCUCUCACCAAGCGCGUUUCUGCUUCUUUCUCUCCGUCUCUCCAGCCAAAAUAGGGAAGAUUUUACUAGUUUACUGGUAUAUUAAUAUUUACCUCUUUUGCAACGUCACCAACCCAACUAGCAGAAAUUAUAAUAAUACUUAUAAUAUUGUAGCGUUUGUCCUCUUAUUCACACUCUCCCAAUACUCGUUAGAUCAAGCCUCUCAUAAAUAAUUUGAUUAUGAUGAUUAAGUCCCUUCUUCCUUAGUAUCACUGUUGCCAUUCCCUACGCCACUAUCAUCCAGUUUAGUUCCUCGGUUUGGGCUAUAUAAUAAAACUUGUUGUUGUUGUUUACUUGCUCAAUUACUAGCCUUCUGAUUAACAUAAAGCCUUCCUGGUGAAGAAUGAACUCCCUUAGUCAGAUUAUUCCUCUACGAUCAGCGGCUUUACCAAUAUAUAUGUGUGUAUAAUAUAUAUAUUGCUACUGCACCAGAAAAGUACUAGAAGCUGCAAUACUGUACUUGUAGCUGUCUAGCUUCAAGUCAGAAGAUUGUUACUCGUUCUGACUGCUCUACUUCCAAAUUAUUUCGACCAUCAGUCUCCUCUUCUCCGCUCCCCCUCCCCUUCUUCAGCGGUACCAGAACUAAGUUUCGGGUACCUCAGCUCUGCUGGAUCUAGAUUCUAGAACAUAUGCACGAUUUGUUUGUUUAUAUAUUUCUUUCCGAGGAGGGAAUGGGCUUGAACAAGUCUGCCAAGGGGCAUUAAGUCUUCCCGGUGAACAAGAAUUUUCCACCGAGGCUUCAGCUCGCACGCUUCAUCGGUUAUUAUAACUGCGUAUAAUUUUCCUACAGUCUUUUGGUGUUACAGGGAAAAGAGCUUGCAGCGAAGCGCUUGCUAGCAGCAGAAAAGCAAAGCCCGCAUUUCUGGGUGAUGACUUAGGAGCCAAGGCAGGCCUGUUGAUUGCAGUCCAUUUUAGCUUGUCACUGCGCGAAGGGGGAAGGCAUGGUGAAGAGUAAUAAAUUGAUAUCAGUUGAUGGUCGUAAUAAUGCUAAUGCCCGCCUUCCUGUUUUUAUUUUUUUCUUUUAUUAUUAUUAUUAUUAUUCUAGACGUGGUUUCGCACCCUUCGGAUGCCAACUCCUACCGGCGUGGGCGAAAGAAGAGAGUGCCUUACACCAAAGUUCAGUUAAAGGAACUGGAAAGGGAAUAUGCUACAAAUAAAUUCAUUACCAAGGACAAGCGCAGAAGGAUAUCGGCUACUACGAACCUCUCAGAGAGGCAGGUCACAAUCUGGUUCCAAAACAGAAGGGUGAAAGAAAAAAAAGUCAUCAACAAAUUGAAGACGACGAGUUAACGGAUUAAAUGAAAGCGCAGCUGCCCAGAGGCCUAAAAAACCAACUCUCUUUCUCUAUAUUUUUUUGGUCCAGAUUAUAAUAAUAAUAAUAAUAAGUAAAUAAUAAGUAAUAAGAAAAUAAGAAAAGACAAUGAACCUCUUCUUUCACCAGAACUCUCUGUCUCUUUGGAAUUAUGGCUUUUGGAGAGAGCGAGAAAGAGAGAGAGAAAGUAUGGGUUCUUGAGAAAUGCUUUAAGACUUGUCAGUGCUCCCGAAAUCCAGAAGAGGCCAUUUCAGUGACUGAGUCUGAGAGCCCAAAUGCCCAAUCCAGAAAUAUUUCAGUUAAGAAAGAUAAACAUUUUGUCGAGAAAAGCGUGUAAGUAUUACUGUGACUGUUGUAGGACACUAUUUAGGACUGUAAUCUGAAAUAUGGCUUUUUUAAAAAACACGCGCGCGCGCGCGCACACACACGCACACACUUUGCGAUCCAAUUUCUUGCGUUGCUUCCCAAAAGCAUGUUUGAAUGGUUGCUCAGGUAAACACGGGGGUGGGGUGGGGUUGUACAAUUACUGUAUGUUAAAGCAAUGCCUUUUGUGUUUUCUGUUUUAUUUUCUUUCUGGAGGAAGGUACUAAGUACCAAAGACAGCAGUAAUGAAGGAAACUCUGCGAAUGAUGAACCUUGAAAAGAAAUUAAAACCAGUCUAAACUACCGGGUGUAAAAAGGGUAACCUUACCAAAAAGAAAAUUGAUUUACUUUCCAAUCGCUCAUUUCUUGAUCCCUAAACUCAGUGAUAAUAGAAUACUCCAGAGAUUUGUAAAGGGACUCUAUAGCUUUUCAGUAUCAGCGACAUUAAUCAAGUAACAAAUGGUGUAAAUCCCAUAAAUGACUGUUUUCCAAACUUGGGGAGAAACAGAGACAUGAGAGUUAUAAUUGUGAUGUAACAGAAAUCCCUUUCUAAGAGAAACAAUCUCAAAGGACCUGAUAAUGAAAAUAUAUUUUGCUUCCCAGAGAUAUCUUGAUUUCUAUAUUCUAUAGCUUGAACUUUGAGUAAGUAGACAUUUUUCCUUCUUCGUUUUCAGUUAUCAGGCUGCAUUAGUAAGUAUAGGAAUUCAUUUUACAGCACUUUCACCCCUUGAAACAAAUCAGUCUGCAACUUCAGCCAGCACAUUAUUAUCCCUCCCCCCCCCCUUCACAAGGAGAGGCUAUCUUGUAAAUAUUUUUUUUUAAUCAGCACACUGUGAAAAUGUAUUGGUGCACCCUUGGUUUGUUUUUUGUUUUUUUAUAUUUUUACUGAAAAUGAAAAUCUAAGAG